CUAAAGCAGCAGCAGUAAUAUUGAAGGUCCCUCGUUCAGACUCCGCUUUCUGUGGACGGAGAACGCGGCCAUGGCGGAUUACGAUGCUUACGACGACCGAGACCGGGCUUACGGGAGCUUUGGUGGCGGCAGAGGACCCCGAGGUGGAGGUGGCCCAGGUGGACCCCGCAAGCAGAAGGAACUGCCUACAGAACCCCCCUACACAGCCUAUGUGGGAAACCUGCCCUUCAACACAGUACAAGGAGACAUAGAUGCCAUUUUCAAAGACCUCAGUGUUAGGAGUGUGCGACUAGUAAGAGACAAAGAAACAGACAAAUUCAAAGGUUUUUGUUAUGUAGAGUUUGACGAUUUGGAAUCUCUUAAAGAAGCUUUGACGUACGAUGGUGCUCUCCUUGGAGAUCGAUCUUUGAGGGUGGACAUUGCAGAAGGCCGGAAGCAAGAGCGAGGUGGAGGGUUCGGCUUCCGAAAGGACGACAGAGGUACUGAUUGCCGCGGUGGCUCAAGAGGGGCCAGAGGAGGGGGACGCGAGUCUAGAGACGACUUCGACCACUCUGGAGGAGGCUAUAGAGAUGAUGACUUCAUGGGCGGGCGGAGUCGAGGUGGCGGCGGCGGUGGUGCCGGUGCCAGUCGUCCUGGUGACCGACGGAUGGGUGGCGGAAUGGGUCGCUUCAGGGAUGGACCUCCACGCGGCCCGUCGGAUUUCAGAGAACCCUCUGAUGAGGAAAGAGCGCAGAGACCAAGGCUACAGUUGAAGCCCCGCACAGUCUCCGAACCCCUAAACCAAGUGGCCAAUCCAAACUCGGCCAUCUUUGGGGGUGCCAAGCCCAGGGAGGAGAAUUGAGAUAGCAGUGUGGCUGCAUUAUUCUGGAAGGCUAGACUGGAUCUACGGGCUUUGUCCACGAAAAAUCUUUCAAAGACACCUCUCAAAGGCAUGUGAGCAGAGAGUGAGAGGUGCUGAGUUCUUCCCCUUUUCAGUAACCCAAAACAAGGCCUCGUGUGAUUGGUUAAAGAGAAGCUGGAUUCGGGGCCUAUGGAAAAGAGCACGGAAUAGGCUUAUUAUCUACCCGUGUCUUGUCAUCUAUAUGUGAACCUCCCACACCUAAUCAAGACUCAAAAGGACAGUGGCUUCAGUUUGGUUCUGUUGCCUUUGGGUAAGGACCUAACCACAUGUGUAUUGUUUUUCUCUCCCUUUCCCAAGGCACUCUUUUUGUUAACCCCUUUUGAAAUUCUAGACACACAGGAGUAAUUGCAGACCUGCUGUGUCUUUUUAUGCUUCAUAAAUUGAUGCUCCAUUAUUGAUAUAACGUUUUGGGCUUUCAGCAUCCACUGUCUUAAACAUUAAAUGGAUAAAUGGCAAGAGAAUCUGAAUGUUUGUUUCUGUUUCAUAUAUAUAUAAUUCUGGCAAUCCUUUUUGAAAGAUUUUUUUGACCAAGUCUGUUUAAUCCAGGUAAGCGAUGUUUUCUGCAAUAGUGCAAGAAGAGUUUGUUUAGAGAAGUGUGUGAUUUAAAAAAAAAAAGUGCUAGAUAUUGAACAUGGAUAUCAGCUACAGUCUCAGUCAGGCAACUGUCAACUUCCACAGCGUGAUAGCAGUGUAUUUCAUCAAAAACAAGUUAACUAUUGAUCACUCUUUAACACGGUCAGUAAAACUGCCUUGACAUAGGAAGCUUUUUGAACAAACAAAAAAAAAAAAAAGAAGAAAAAUCACCUGCACAUUUCAGUUAAGGUGAUGCCAGGCACUAGUCUUGUCUAUUAGAUCAAGUAUAGAUUUCUCUUUGGGUAUCCAUGUGUUGCAACAUUUUUAUUUUACAUUUUACUGGACAUGAAAUGGAAGAAGUAGAGCCUUUUCUUACUGUACUAUAGAACGAUUGGCUGUUUUUAUUCUUUUUUUUUUUUUUCAUUUUCCUACACUGUUUAUGGCAAUAAAAAUAUCAUCUUAAA